ACCAUUUAACAACUUGUGGCUGUAGCUAGUGGUUCUUUAUGUAUUACGACUAAGUUUGUGCAACUAUAUUAGGAGUUUCUCAAAGAAUUUGUCCUUGAUGAGGGUGCGAGUCCUCUUGGUAUUCAUUGUUUCAUUCACAAUGGUUCAUUCACAACCAUCAGGAAAUGAAAUUAGACAAUACACUCUUCCCAACCAUUCAAAGGAAAUAUCUUUUACAAUAUCCCAAACAGGUGACAAGUAUAUUUAUGGGGAUUGCUACAGAUAUUUUAAAAUCCAAUUGAGUCAAGGUAGAUAUACGAUCGCCUAUAAAUGUCCAAGUACGACAUCUGAAACAAAGGGGGGCGAUUUUCUUAUCAUAGAUGGGACCCUAUACAGCGACAAGCGUAAUGAAGUCAUCGACACGUCAGAAGACCAAUGCGUCAAAUAUACGAUCACCACUUAUCAUAUGAGCGAUUCACAAAUGGACAAGAAAGAGUGUACACAUAUCAAAAACGCCAUUGCAAAAGGAGUUUCUGUAAAGACUCUUAAAGAGAUGGAAAAGCAAGAACAUUAUUUGGAUGUGGAACAAGAAGAACAGGAUAGCAAGGUGGCACAGGUAGAAAGGGAUAGGGAGAUAGCGCCAGAACACUUUUUUCUUAACGAAUGGUUCUUAAUGAUCUGGCAAUCUUUGUUUGGUAAGAAGACAAAUUAGAAAACAUAGAUUAAAUAAUGAUAACUGAGAUAUAAUAUUUACUUUAAAUACAACUUUUCACUCCCGAGUACACAUUAAGCAUGUUCGCGAGCAUGCUCGUGACGGUGUUGGUGACGAACAUGAUCGCCCGUGUAUGGGGGGCUUUACACUUCAAUGAUAACCAAACUCAAAUCUUGUUUGUAAUCAUUUUAAAUCUAGAUUAUUUUGUUGUUAAUGGCAAUUUAAUUUACUUUUAAAAUGUAUUGAUGUAGUUAAUUUUGUAUUGAAUAUUAAUUUUGUAUUGAAUAUUAAUUUUUGUAUUGUUAUUUUUGAACCGUAAACCACACCACUGCUAAAUGUUACAAAAUUGUUCGUAUUGUGUGCUGCUUUCAUACCAUACAUAAAAUCCUUGGGUUGAUAAAUAGUGAAAAA